AAAGUCGCAGCCACGGGGGGAGGCGUGACCCGGGGCGGAGCUAGAUGUGGGGGCGUGGUCGGGGAGGGGCAGCUGAGGCCCCGAGCGAUCGCUGGCCAGCGAAGCGCCACACUCGCUUGUUUGAGGAGAACGGCGCUCCGCCGGUGAGCACAAGCCUAGGAGAUGGCCGUGAUGGAAGUGGCCUGCCCAGGCACUCCUGGGUCGGCAGUCGGGCAGCAGAAGGAGUUCGCCAAAGCCAAGGAGAAGACACAGUCACCAGGGAAGAAGCAGAGCUGCAUCUUCCAGCUCGAGGCGGUGGAGAAGAGCCCUGUGUUCUGUGGGAAGUGGGAGAUCCUCAACGAUGUGAUCACCAAAGGCACAGCCAAGGAAGGUUCCGAGGGCGGGCCCCCCGCCAUCUCCAUCAUCGCCCAGGCUGAAUGUGAGAAUAGCCAAGAGUUCAGCCCCACCUUCUCAGAGCGCAUUUUCAUCGCGGGGUCACAGCAGUACAGCCAGUCUGAGAGUCUUGAUCAAAUCCCCAACAAUGUGGCCCAUGCAACUGAAGGCAAAAUGGCCCGAGUGUGCCGGAAGGGGAAGCGUCACAGCAAAGCCCGAAAAAAACGUAGGAAGAGGAGGUCGAAGUCACUGGCCCAGGCAGGAGUGGCCUUGGCCAAGCCCCUGCCCAGAACCCCUGAGCAAGAGAGCUGUACCAUCCCAGUGCAGGAAGAUGAGUCUCCACUAGGCAACCUCUAUGCCAGAAAUGUCUCCCAGUUCACCAAGCCUCUGAAGGGACCAGGCCUUGGCCACCUGUGCUUUAAGAAACAAGAUGAAGGCCUGCGACCAGUGCUGCCUCGACCAGAACUCCACAAACUGAUCAGCCCCCUGCAAUGUCUAAACCACGUGUGGAAACUCCACCACCCGCAGGCCACAGGCCCCCUGCCCCACCCCACUCACCCGUUCCCCUUCAGCAGAAUGCCCCAUCCUUUCCCAUUCUACCCCCUGGAGCCCUGGAGACCCUAUACACUGAACCCGGCCUUCCUGGACAAACUAGCCGCUGUAAGUGGCCAGCGGCCUCUGCCUGGCCCACCACACCUAAGCAAACCGGCCUACAGAGACAGUCAGAAGCCCCUGCCUGGCCCACAUCUGGAGUCCAGCUGCCUGUCCCGAGAGGCCCUAGAAAAGGUCCCUGCCGAGGAAUACCUGGUGCACGCGCUACAAGGAAGUGUGAGCUCAGGCCAGGCCCACAGCCUGGCUAGCCUGGCUAAGACAUGGUCAUCAGGGAGCUCCAAGCUGCAGAGGUUCAGCCCUGAAACUGAGGACAACGAGGGGGUCCUGCUUACUGAGAAACUCAAACCAGUGGAUUAUGAGUACCGGGAAGAGGUCCACUGGAUGACACACCAGCCUCGGGUGGGCAGAGGGUCCUUCGGCGAAGUCCACAGAAUGAAGGACAAGCAGACAGGCUUCCAGUGUGCUGUCAAAAAGGACUGUCCCAGCCCAGAUGGGAACGCAGAUCCACAAGCCUCAGUGGUAGUGUCAGCUCUGCUCCUCGGCGUCCGUCUCAAACCCUGCUUUGGAAGUCCCCGCUCCUCUGCUGGGAGCCAGCUUGUUCCUCACCAAAAAGACUAAGGGUUGGAAUUUAUGUGGAUCGUUUUGGGGAUUUUGUUUGAGGUGGGUUGUGACUUUGUUUGGUUUGGUUAUUUUGGUUUUUUUAGGGGGUUAGAGGACUGCCCACAGGGUAAAUAACUGGUUUAUGUCCUGGUCUCAAAGGAAAGAGACCCAAGUAAUGAGAUCACCCAGGUGCAGCAGGCCCUGGGCGCCCUCCAUGUAGAGCAGACCCUGGCUCUGCUGUCAUGGCUGCCCUGGGCUUUUGGAAUGAUUCUGGCUGGAAUGUGAAUAAGCCUGAUUUAUUGCCUGGUUUGUACUUGGGCCAGGCUGUGGUAGAUGUCAAAGCAGAGCCUCAGAGUAGAAGAAUAAGAGAAGAAUCUGUAAGCUUUACCUCAGAUUUCAUACAGGCUACAUGAAGGGAGCAAGUGCCACCAACCAUCCUUAUCCCCGGCAGCACAAGCACACACUGGGUUCUUGCCAGCAUGGCUCAUUUUCCGCUUGGGUGCCAGGACCUCGUGCCUAACCUCUUUAGCCUCAGUUCCCCUCCCCAGUCCACCAGAGAAGGCUCAGCUGUCCCUUCUGAGAGGAGGGGCGGUGGGAGGCGGGUGAGAGAGUGUGAAGUGUCCUACAGACGGAUGCCCAGGGAUGGGAGCUUAGUCACCGGCCUCUCAGCUGUUCCUCAGCUGAGAUUCUCUGAGUCCCAAGCAACAGGGUAAACAACCCUAAUACAUUUCUCUUGUCCUGCGUCCAGGAGUUGGAAAAGCUCCAGCGUACAGCCUGGACUUCCCAGGGCUCUGGCUGUCCACCCUCAGUGCUCCCACUUUCUUCCUCCAGCUAGAGGGGUAGCAUCAGCCCAUUCUUUCUCUCAGGGCUCUGUACAAUUUUUAGCUCUAAGACCAUAUGACAGCUAGUUUUAGGGCAUUUUCCUAGCAAGUAUGAGGCCCUGGGUUCUAAUUCUGACACUACCUACACAAAAAGUUCCCUGAGUUCCCUGGCAAAGGAAUAGCGAGGCAGGACUGGAGACAGACAGUCUGGGACUCAGGGGUCAGGCGGCCUGUGCCUUUAGUGUCCUGGGAAGGGUCCUGGACAUGAGCAGUUACAUAAUACCAGCAGCCCCUUGGUCUUCCUUCCGGAACAUCUUGUGGGCUUAGCUCACAUGCUUAUUGGCCUUAAUGGGAGUUUUCGCUUUGUUUUUAUGGCUUUAAUCUUCAAUGUAUUUUUAAUUACUUAUGAUGUGUGUGUGUGUGUGUGUGUGUGCGCGCGCGCGCGCGCGCACGUGUACGCACACGUCACGAUGCAGAUGUGGAGGUCAGAGAAGAACUUGGGUUAGUCAGUUCUCUCCUUCCACCUUGGGGGGGUCAAACUUGGGGUUGGCAGGAAGUGAGCUCUCUACCUGCUGAGCCAUCUCAUGAGUCCCUUAAAUUGCAAGCAAAUACUGGCUCACCAUAAAUGAAGUCAAAGGUUCCUCUUGUCCUCAAAAAUUCCAUCUGUCUUCUAUCUUUUUAGACCCUUUAUGUUUGGCUGUAUCUUUUAUGAAAAUGAGAUCCGGUCCUAGAGAUUUUUCUACACUGUAAUUCAUCCCCCUUUACACACACACACACACACACACACACACACACACACACACACCAUGAAAUGCACCCUGGCAGGAUUUCUCCUUGGCUCACAUAGGACGGUCAGGCUUGUCAGGCAGCUAAUAUAUAAGCUCCCUCUGUUGGAGAAUGUACUUAUAGGACUCUUAAAUUCUUGGAACUUGAUCCUAAAGUUGAUGUGAGCUGCAUGUGUGGUCGAGGACACAGUUUGAUGACAAAGAAGCCAUAUCAGUAAGUAGAUUGUCACAGGAGAAUUGCUAUCUGCCCUCAUCGGGGUGAAGAACUGUUUGUUUUAAGCCAUCUGGCCCAAGCAUAGAAUUCUGGGAGCCUCCUUUUGGCUCUAUCCCCGAUCUGGAGUAGAGUAUCACUGGCCAAGCCAAACCAGCUGUCCUGGAAUACCUGCUUUGUGCCAGACACUGUACAGGGACCAGGGACAAAGAUGUGGAAUCCAAAGGAACUAGUGUUUUGAAGUUUUAUGUGUAUGUGAGUUUACCUCAGCACAUAUGUGGAGGCCAGAAGACAGCUGUGGGAGUCAGUGUGUGUGUGUGUGUGUGUGUGUGUGUGUGUGUGUGUGUGUGUGUGUGAUCUCAGGAUUGAACCAGGGCCUCACACUUGCUAGUCAAGUCUGUUCCAGUGAGCUAUAUUCCCAGUCUCUUGAGCGUCCAGCCAGCCCUCCCUUUACACCGUGAGCAUGGUGGCAUUACAGAUGUGCUGGCAUUACCGUUGUGCUGGCCACUCUGGCUUUUUCUGUGGGUUUCAGAGAUCAGAUUCAGAUCACAGGCUGGCUCUGCUGAUUUUCACCUGCCAAGCCGUCUCCCUGGCCCAGGGCUAGAGUUUUAAACAAACCCAGGCUUUUAUGCAGUGUUCUGGAAAAGCAGCAUCAGCCACGAGCCCUUGCUUGAGAGCAGAGAUCCAAGGGGCACCGUCUGGAAGAGAAUGAGGAAAUGGGGGACUCUGACUUCUUAGGCAUCUGUGUCCCAUUCUGUUUUCUCCCUCCCCUCAUUUAAAUCCCUGCUAUCUGGAGAAUAUUGACUUGAGAAGUUACUUGUACCCCAUUUAUUGAAUUUAGAUUAAUAUGCUAAAGAAAAUAAAGUUUCAAGGAGGGAAAAGUUGUCCCCAGGCUCAAGCGCCUGACACUGCAGCCAAGAAAAGAGGCUUCUGCACUCAGCAAUGCUUUGAAACUGCGAGCUCCCUGUAGGUGCUGCUUCUGGUUAUCUGUUAUCAGGAGUCCAAGCUAAGCCGGGCAAUUCUUCCAGGAGUGCAGCAGCUGGCGGCUCUAGGGUCAGGCCUUCCCAGCCUCUGCUUUUGGUGACUUUGGAGUUCUUUGUGCCGGCCUUGGCUUCCCCAUCUCACAGACCCACCCCUCCAUAGUCUGUUGUUUGAAAACCAUCAUCUAGUGCCGAAUAGCGCCGGGCACAUGCUAGUGGACCUUAAAUGUUACUUCCUACUCAUGGCCCCGUCACAGCUCAGCACUGUCGUCGGACAUGAGCGCACUAAAGUUCAGAGAGGUGGUUCAGAGGGUGUCUGGCCAUGGGGGAGGGGAGCCUUCUCCAUCUGACUGCAUAGGCUGGUCCUUUGACCUUGCUUCUCAGGUUCAUCCAGCAAAAUCAUCUUGCUUUUUGAGAUUUCCCAUGCCACCAGCUUUGGUCUGUGAGGGUCGAACAGCUCUCUCACAGGGGUCACCAAGCCCAUCUGCAUAUCAUAUAUAUACAUUCUGAUUCAUAAUUGUAGCAAAAUUACUUUGAAGCAGCAACUAAAUAAUGUUAUGGUUGGGAGGGUCAUCAUGACAUGAGGAAGUGUAUUCAAAGGUAGCAUGAGGAACGUUGAUCACCCCUGCUCUAGAGUGUGAGUUAAGGAUCCUCAUUGGCCUGCUUCACCACCAUCCUUAGCAUCUCAGGUCUUCCUGGUACCCAGGCCCCUUCUUCAGUCCUUUAUCCUUGGAGGUGCCAUCUGACACAUGCCACUGACUGAUGUUUACUUGAUGUGUUUACAGUUAUUAAAUGGGUAGGUAUAUCCUAAAAUGUACACAUUGAAAGACAAAGUUAGUAAGUUGAAAGAAAAAUAUAUUUGGGGCUUUUUGUUUUUAUUCAUUUAUUAUUUGUUUGUUGAGACAGAGUAGCCCAAGCUAGCCCAAAUCUUAACUCCAGAGCCAAGACUGGCCUCUAACCUGUGAGUCACCACACCCACGCCCAGCUUUCAUCCAAGUGGACCUUGAGUGCUCUAUAGUUUCUUGAACAUCGAUCAGAUCGACAACCCCACCUUCUGUGUUCCACUCUCCCAUAAAGUACUUUAUGUCACAAAAAAAAAAAAUGCUCAAACCCUCACUUCCCAAAGGCAUAAUAGCAAAAGGAGUGUGGCCCAUGUGGCACUGGAGCCAUCUCAAACAACUACAGCCCCACAGACGUACAUGAGCACUCCAGAGUCCUGUGGCCCCCUUCUGGGUUCCCUGGGGAGUCCUAGGAUGCUUCACCUACAUUUCAGGAGUGGUUAGGGAGAGACAUUGUAAGUGGAAAUCCUGUGGUAAAUGAGGUUCAUUCAGUCAAGUUCACCAGCCUUUCAGAGGAACCACCAAUGAAAAGUCAGAGUAUGAGCUAACCAACCAAACUUGAUGUUCUUUAAGUUACCAAGAGAGACAUUGUCCACUGAUAGGCAAAAGUCCAAAACCCCCACAGCAGCAGAGCUCCUGUUUGUCCAGUCAGCAAGUCUGGAAACAAAAACUGGGCCAAACUAGUCUGUCACCGCUGCUGCCCCCUGCGGUGCUGCUCCAGAGAACCCACCCACAGCAGCCAGCAAGUCCAAUAUAGACCGUGUUUAUAAGCUGUUCUCUUUGAGUUGGCAGGAGGAGGUGGGAAGCCAGCUCUGCCAGAGUGUCUUAGUCACCAAGCAUGGAGAAAGACCCCAUCUCUCUGAAUCCUCACAGCACCCUGAGCAGGCAGCUGUGUCCCCUCCACUCUCUUAGACACAACAGUUGACAGACAGAAGCAAGAGGCCUGUCUGUGAAUGGCCUGACCAGAAGCCAAGCACAGAUGUUUGCAUCCACGGCCUAAUGCUUCCGCCCAUGCCAAGCUGCUGGACCCCACAGAUAGGAGUGGGUGGCGCUACACUUCACGUUAGGAAAGGCAUUGCCAACCCCUCCCCAGGAGCAUCUGUGUACCCAGAUGCUAGGGAUGUAGGCACAGAGUAACAGUAAUAAAAGUACAGGCCUGUCUACAUGGACAGCUUUAGUACAGGCCUCUCUACGUGGACAGCUUCAGUACAGGCCUGUCCACAUGGACAGCUUUAGUCCUUUAGAAAAUAAGUAAGGGCCUGGGGAGACAGUUCAGUGGGUGACUGGGGGCAUCUGGGGGACUGGAGUUCAGAUGGGCAUGGCGGCCACUUGUAAUCCCAGAACUUGGAGACAGAGACAUGAGUUCCCCAGGCAAGCUACACCAGCCAGAAUUAAGGAGCUCUGGUUUCAACAGAGACCUUGCCUCAAUAAAGUAGAGAACCACAGAGGUAGAUACCUGAUGUCAGGCCAUCAACAAACACGCAGAACACACAUAUGAGAAAUUAAAGCAGGUAAUUAUAAUAAAUUAUAAUAAAGUUGCCACAAGGGGGACUGGAGAGAUGGUUCAGCAGUUAAGAGCACUGGCCUGGGGCUGGAGAGAUGGCUCAGCGGUUAAGAGCACCCGACUGCUCUUCCAGAGGUCAUGAGUUCAAUUCCCAGCAACCACAUGGUGGCUCACAACCAUCUGUAAAGAGAUCCGAUGCCCUCUUCUGGUGUAUCUGAAGACAGCUACAGUGUACUUAUAUAAUAAAUGAAUAAAUCUUAAAAAAAAAAAAAAAAGAAAAGAAAAGAAAAGAGCACUGGCCUGAGUUUGGUUCCCAGUACCCACAUGGCCGCUCACAACCUCUUAGAACUCUAGUUCCAGGGAAUCUGGAAUCUUCUUCUGCCCUCCUCAUACAUGUAGAACAUAUACAUCCAUUCCAAACACACUCACAAAA